AGGCCUGGCGUCUAACGGUCUGAGCCGCUUGUUCAGACGCUGACACAGACCGGCCUGAGAAGGGGAGGGGGGAGACUGUAGCUCCGCAGCUGCCGCGCCGUGGGAGGGAGACCCUGCUCUGAGGUCUUUGAGAAGAAAAUUUAAAAAGUAGCCAAAAAUGGGAAAAAACAUUAAAAAAUCACGAAUUGUUGCAGGUUCAGGAAAUUUUUGCAAGGGGCUGCAAAUUCAAGGUGGAAUCGAAUGCAGCCUCACUCCACUGCGCUCUUUCUAGUUCACUUCCCAGCCACCCAGCCCCAAACUUACUAGACUUUCCCGAAUUAAUUGCUGCCACCCGGGAGGGACCUGGGUAGGCCCUCCGGGUCUCAGAAACACGAACAGCAACAUUAUCUAGGAAUUGAGAGGCUCUCUGGGCUAUCCACAGCCAGCCGCUUCUCCGUUCGGGCCUCAAUUUCUCUCAUCUGUGAAAUGGAGUUUGAGAAGUGAGAAAGUGAAUAUGGGAAAAACUGAUUCCUGAGGUCUUUUCAUUAUAAGGCAAUGCCGACUUAGCUUCCUUGCCUCCUUCCAAAGGAGCCCAGUGCAGCCCUCGCCUCUACCCGCUGUCCUGCCCGGUGCCCUGCCACCGACCCACCCUUGCUGUUCCUGAAACUCGGGUCGUCUUUCUACACUGCGAGGGUGCACUAGACCAGCAGGAGGCGGGACCUAGGAGCGCGGGCCGCUCCCCCAUGCCACCCAUUGGCUGCUUUUGAACGUUCUGAGCCCGCCCCUCCGGGGGGCCGUGGCGUGUUUAUAAAAGACCAGCUGUGGUUCCCCACUCUCAUUCCACGUUCUUAACUGCUUCGUUUUCCGUGUCUGCUGUGGGUUCCCACCUCCUUCGUUUGCUUUGCCCAUUUUGUUUCAGCCAGUCGCCAAGAAUCAUGAAAGUCGCCAGUGGCAGCACCGCCGCCGCCGCCGCCGCGGGCCCCAGCUGCGCGCUGAAGGCCGGCAAGACAGCUGGCGGCGCGGGCGAGGUGGUGCGCUGCCUGUCUGAGCAGAGCGUGGCCAUCUCGCGCUGCGCCGGGGGCGCCGGGGCGCGCCUGCCUGCCCUGCUGGACGAGCAGCAGGUGAACGUGCUGCUCUACGACAUGAACGGCUGCUACUCACGCCUCAAGGAGCUGGUGCCCACCCUGCCCCAGAACCGCAAGGUGAGCAAGGUGGAGAUUCUCCAGCACGUCAUCGACUACAUCAGGGACCUGCAGUUGGAGCUGAACUCGGAAUCCGAAGUCGGGACCCCCGGGGGCCGAGGGCUGCCCGUCCGGGCUCCGCUCAGCACCCUCAACGGCGAGAUCAGCGCCCUGACGGCCGAGGCGGCAUGCGUUCCUGCGGACGAUCGCAUCUUGUGUCGCUGAAGCGCCUCCCCCAGGGACCGGCGGACCCCCAACCAUCCAGGGGGCAAGAGGAAUUAAGUGGUCUGUGGGUCUCCCUAACGCGCCUCGCCGGAUCUGGGUGCGAACAAGACAGAUCGGCGGCCACUGCGCCCUUACUGCAUCCAGCCUAGGGCUGAUGGACUGGCGAGGAGAGGGCGACCCUCUCUGCACACCUACUAGUCACCAGAGACUUUAGGGGGUGGGAUUCCACUCGUGUGUUUCUAUUUUUUGAAAAGCAGACAUUUUAAAAAAUGGUCACGUUUGGUGCUUCUCAGAUUUCUGAGGAAAUUGCUUUGUAUUGUAUAUUACAAUGAUCACCGACUGAGAAUAUUGUUUUACAAUAGUUCUGUGGGGCUGUUUUUUUGUUAUUAAACAAAUAAUUUAGAUGGUGGUAAA